GACACCAUUGGAUAAGGCUUUCUCUGUGUUACCUUUCCAAUAAUAUUACAGAAACUGAAAACCCUUUUUUUUCAUUUCUCAUGUUAAGAGCAGUCAUCAGUAUCCAUUGAAGAUGUCAACUUGUUUUACGAAGGCUCCUACGUAUUGCAUUUCCUACUAUGUCUUCACCCCCAGUGAAGUUGUUGUCUGACAAAAAUUUGCCACGUGUGACCAGGAUAUAUCAACACGACACUCCCCUCUGUCUGCAUCAACAUUGUUGUGUCUAUGAUACACCAUUCCCGAGCACGGAGUCUUUACUACUCUGAGUUCUAGCAACCUUCCUUGAGUCGAAAUGAUUCUCCGCCUUCUCCUUUGCUUUCUACUUCCGGUCAGCCUGUAUGCUGCCCGGGACACAGGAUAUUACUCCGCGAUCGUGCGGGUGGAAAGGCUUCUGCUGGCCGAGAGGAAAAUGGUCGGUAAGAUCAAACACUACAUCAGCCAGGGCGGGGAGGUGACUGGAGAUCUCAGGAGUUUCGUGGACAGCUAUGAGGAUAGCUGGCUACAUCCGACUCGGGAUGACCCCUUACACUUCGCCCACCAUCCGGUUGGAGCCUACCUGUUGAUCAAGCGACUAAGUCAAAAUCAUAUGGAGGACAUCUUUCAACAGGCUCAAGAUCUGAUCGCAACUUCAACUUGAUCUCCGCUAACGGGCCGGCUGAGAAGGCCAAAGUUCUGUCAAGAAUAGCAAUCGCUCACUCUAAGCUGAAGCAACACGAGCGCGCCUUGGCUAUAUACGAGGAAGCCUUACAACUUGAUCCUGACAACCAGAUCCUGUACGCGGACUAUGACGACGCUAAGCUGUUGGCAGCUAAUGACGACACACCAACGGAGGAAAUCCCCGCCGAGUGGAUCGCCCAACGUGACAAGUCCCAACAUCUCUGUCGUCUGGACGUUCUUCAGAUGCAAGCACCACCUCGUCGAGGUCUGAAGUGCCGUUACAUCCGGGACAGUCCGCAUCUUUACCUCAGUCCGGCCAAGAUGGAGGUUCUCCACAGGAAGAACCCUCGACUCGUCAUGUACCAUGACGUCAUCAGUCAGAACGAGGCCAGGACACUCAGGAGCACGGCAUUCCCCAAGUUCAGCAGAGCAUUGAGCAUGGAUGAUGAGGGUCGUAUCUUCAUCGACAAAUACGCAAUCAGUGAAAGCGGGACCAUCCUUGAUACAGAGGACGCCUUCAUAGAAAAGAUGAGCAAACGAGUUGGUCACGUGACCGGAUUGGACACGGAACUGCCGUAUGCAGAGCCAUUGAUGGUCGUGAAUUACGGACUAGGAGGAGCCUUACAACAUCACCUGGACUACAUGGCGGAAGCCUACAGACACAUAACGGAUGUAGUUGGGAACCGGAUGAUGACCUUCCUGAUUUACCUAAAUGAAGUUGAAGCAGGCGGUGCAGUCGUCUUUCCUGAGAUAGAUCUUAUCACACCCGCUGUGCAGAAUGCCGCCCUGAUGAUUCAAAAUCUGAAGAAAUCUGGAGACUUCGUGCCCCUGACCUUACACGCGGCGUGUCCGGUUCUCAUUGGCUCCAAAUGGACGGCUGUCAAGUUUAUACGUGAGUUUGGGAACGAGUUCAAGUGGCCUUGUGGUCUCACACCAGCCGAGUGAUGGUCUCACCACGACGUUAUGAUUACCAUCUCUACAUUUUACUACGUCUUCUCUGUAUGCCUUUUUUGCACAAUUUAUCUAAUAGGUUACACUGACGUAACGACUGUAGUUAAUAUUGAAAUUGACAGAAGGAGAGAUAUAAGAGUGUGAUUUUCGGAUAACUAUUCUUUGACUUUAAUCGUUAUUCUAAUUUACAGACUUGAGCUUCGAUUUUGUCAUUUUUUUUUGCAAACGAGAAUAUAUGUACAUGUUAUUAUUAAACAGUAACUGUAGCCGGAGAGGUCCUUGUUGUGAACGUAUAGCCAUUGUACAGGUAUGUUUACAGUGACAGGUGCAACAACCGGAUGCACCCCCUCGGGCAAAAUGUAACUGAAACCUGUUACAGAUGCAGCAUAGCUUACAAUGCAUUACUGAGUUAUAUGCUAUGUUUCUAGCUCCACCAUCGUUCAGUCAUAGCAUUGCUGCAGAACGAUGUAUUUGGAGGCUUCUUCACCUAAUAGUUUAAGAUGUCUGUCAAUAAAUGUCAAAUAUCUAUGACAAA